CCCCAGAGCGAGUGGGUCGCCAGUGCGUCUGCGCAGAGGCACGUGAUUAGACCACUGGCUGGCGUUCCUCUUCGUCGUGUGCGCCGCGCUUGGAUAUUACGAGAAACUUUCUUCGCCUGGAUUUUAAACCCAGAAUUUAAAGAUUCUAUUCAAGUGUGAUGGUGUUUAGUAAUCGGAAAAUGUAAGACUUUAACUUUGACGGAAAUAACGAUGCAGUGAGAACUUAUUUAUCUCCUUUGCAACUUGCAAGAUCACAGUGUCAUGAAAAUUGCGCGUUCUAAAGUUUUUAUUUACGUAAAAACAUCAGUGACAGUUGCGACGCUACAGAGAUCGAUCAAUAAACUUUUAAAAAAAGAUCGAAAAAACCUUGCAAACGAAGUGAUUUACGCGACAAAUUUCGCGCCACAAACGAAAUAUUUACGGAGAUAAAACUGCAACUUUUUUUUUCUUUUCAUUUUUUGAGACUACGAUAUUUAGAGACACUGCAGAAAUAUAUAUAUCUAUUAUAUAUAUAGUAUAUACUGUCAAUUUCAUUAUUUGAGACCACGAUAUUUAGAAACUGCAGAUAUAUAUAUAGAGAGAGAGUAGUAUAUUGUGGGCGGGGAGGCGAAAGAAAUAAUCCCACCCCAAUGUUUCUGUGGUAGUUUUCGGAAAGUGUGUCAGCAAGCGAUGGAGAAUGUCGGCAGAGUGUCAGCUCUUCUGAUGGUGUUGUCAGCCAUCUCGACAACGAGGGCCAACUUUAAUCUCUUUCUUUCUCAGGCGGAGGUUCACAGGAUUCUGGGUCUGACCUCAGAGCUCUUCUACGUCCGGGAAGGCGUCGUGAAUGACUAUGCCAUCAACUGGCUGGUUCCUGUGCCUGCAGACGUCCACUCUUUGUUCUUCACUUGGCAAGCAACAACAAAGAAAGAUGUGUUAUACAACAUGGCCAUCUGGAUCAACGACACCCAAGCCUAUGAGAAGGACCCGCCCCUGGCCACCCCCUUCGUGAACGUCUCCUUGACGGGGCACGUGCCCCACAAGGUGGACUCCUUCGAGCUGGUCCUCCCUUGCACGGGAAGCAGGAGUGCCGAGGUCGACGUCACUCUAAAUAUCAACGUGACCUCGCCCAAGCCGCGCAAACCCCCGACUGUUCUGUACUUCAGGAGAAAGAAAAUCUGCCUGGAAGCGUUUCAUUUCCCUUCUGCAGGGAAGGCAGCGGAGAGAUUCGCCCCUCGUCAGGAUCCUGCCGAAGAGAAAGACGAGGAAGGCUCCCUCCCUGUCAUAUACUACGUAGUGUCGGUCAUCGCUGGGGUGGCCCUCGUCAUCAUCGUCAUCGUGGCAGUGGCGCUGUGCCGACGAAGGCGCCGCAAGAGAGAUGGUGACCAAAGGAUAUUAAGCGCUAACAACGGAGGCACCAAAACCGGCAACAUGACCAGUUCGACCCUCCUGAGGGCCCCCACCCCGAACAACAACACCUACACCCUCCCCUCCUCCCUGACGAGCAACUCCUACGCCUCGGUGAGGAAGCUCCCUUCGCCCCUGGCUCCCCUGGGAGCCACCCAGGGGCCGGUGCACUCCUCGACCAGCGGCGUGUCCCUGACGCCGAGCUGCAGGGACAACAACACGCCACCCCACCUCAGCCGGGACGCCAGCAACGUGAGCGGAGGCGAGAGCAGCAGCCGGGACACCUGUCAGUCUUCCAGUUCCCUGAGCCACUCGGAGGUCAUCGUGGAUCCGUCCCACGCCGAGCUGCAAGACAGAUUUCGCCAGAUGGAGAUCGACCGCCACAGAGUACGCCUGACGGCGGUGGUGCAAGAGGGCUCUUUCGGGCGCGUCUUCCGAGGCUGGAUCCAGCGUGACCACCCGGAGCAGGAUCAACAGGUCCUGAUCAAGACGGUGACGGAGGGCGCCCCUCACGAUGAGCUGGUCCUCCUCUAUAGGGAGGGAACCCACCUCUUCAACCUCUACCACAGGAACAUCCUGACGAUGGUGGGCGUGUCCUUCGCCAAUAAUUCGUCGCCUUUCCUUAUAUAUCCUUUCCAUGGAUACCAGAAUCUUAAAAGGUACCUCUUGGAACACCGAGGAGGGCAUCUCCGGGCAACGGAAUUAGUUGAAUUAGCCAUACAUGCAGCUCAUGCCCUGUCAUUUCUUCACAAAGCAAAUAUUCUCCACGGAGACAUCGCUGCCAGGAAUUGUGUGGUGAGCGAGAAACUCCAACUGCGAAUCACGGACGCGGCCCUGUCACGUGACCUCUUUCCAGCCGAUUACGAGAGCGUCAGGGGCGAACUGGUUCGGCCGAUCAAGUGGAUGGCUUAUGAGGCCAUCACCCAGUGCUCCGUUUCCACAGCCAGCGAUGUGUGGUCCUACGGCGUACUAGUUUGGGAACUGACCACCUUGGCACAGCAGCCCUACGUCGAGGUGGCAGCCUGCGAGAUGGACGAAUACCUCCGGGAUGGGUAUAGGCUCGUCCAGCCCCUCAACUGCCCCGACGACCUUUAUAAGGUCAUGGUCUACUGCUGGAACAUCCACCCGAAGGGAAGGCCUCACGUCGACGCCAUCUUGAGUUAUCUGAGCGACUUCCAGAAGAAGCUGAACGUCUUCAUUUGAUUUGUGUUUGUUUGUUUGUUUGAGGGCGGUUUUUGGAAGCUCUGAGCGUUGUGAUGAUGAUGAUGAGUGAUUUAUGAGGUGAUGGCUUUUAUAACAAUGUGUUUCUUGAUUUUGGAAAAGAACAAUCUUGAUUUAAGGUUUGCGAUUAAACCAGCUUUAUGGAACAGAUUGUGAUGGUGAUGAUUAAUAAUGAAGACAGUUACAACUAUUCAUUAGACUUCGGUGGAAAUGAAGUUAAUUGAUGUCAUUUAAAUUUACACUUCAUUAAGCGAAAUGAAACGAGUAUUAUAUUUACCGUAUUUCUACGGUUGACAGAGGAAAUCAAAUUCAUGAAUAGUCAUCUACACUAACGAGCUCCUGGUUAUUAUGCAUAAAAAAACACACAGUUUCAGUUGGCUAUUAAAAGACAUAUUUGUGAUGUGCUUUCUCUAUAAUUGAAAUAAAAAGAAAGGAAAGGAAGACAUUUAACCAUAUCCUUACAAGAUCAUACUCAACGAGCUUUCAAUUUCAUGCUUAAUAUUUAACAUCUAAUCGGUGGCAUUCAGUUAUGGGUAAAUCUGGGGCAACUUUUGAUAAAGCGGAGUGUUUUAAAUGCCAUAGUUUGGUUUUGAUAAAAGAAUUAGAUGGAAUGUUCGUACACUGGCUUGUGUAUGGUAAGUUCUGUGUUGUUAUGAAUAUGGUGUCCUAUCAGCUCCUGUGUCUCUUAAUAAUUUUGGAUGAAUUUUCAACUGAAAGCUUUGAAACCUAGAAAAAGAAAUGAAUGAAGAAAUUCUCCCUCCCAUGAGAGAUUCUUUCCCGGUUAGGGCAGAAGGCUGUGCGGUGGGAUAUCGCUGACUGCUGCCUUCUGAGCUGGGUUAGUUCGAAUCCCCAAUUGGAAGGGGAAUUUUUCGAGUAGAUUUCAGUGCUUUCAGUAGAAAGCUGCGGAAUAUGUUUGAAGAAAAAGAGAACGCAAGAGGUAAUCGGGAUAAUCAUAAGGCAUUGAUGCCUAGCCGAUGUAGUACUUACAUUUCGAUCAAUAAUUUCACUGGAAAUUUCUACGAAUUUCAUCUCACAUUUUCUAUGCAAGAGACGAGAAUAACCUGGUCAGCUAAAGCCAAAUAUUUUUGCAGAAGGCUUCUUAAGUUGCGUUUUAGCAACUUAAAAAAACCAAAGCGGAAUCUGUAAAUAAAAGCUAGUUAACGAAACUUUUACACUGGGUGGUCCUGCAGAGGCAUUUUACAUUAGUUUUAAGUUAAUUUUUGUUUCCACCCCUUCUGCGCUUUCAUCCGGGUUUCUCCUUUUACCAAGAUUUUUUUUUUUUUAUGAACAUGCUUUUCUUAAUCCUUCCAAAUUGCUUUAUUGCUCUUAUAGUAGAUUCACAUAACCCGUGCAUCUAAUGUCUAGGCCAGUCCCUUACGACGCUUCUGAUUGGCUGUUGAUGAGCCAAUGGCAAGGCUGAAAACUCUCAGUCUUUCUCGAGAGUUCACAUAGCCAGGAUGUAUGUUCCACAUCUCCUGAGGCAUACUUUUAAAAGACGUAUCCCCCAGGAGAGGUGGAACGUACAUCCUGCCUAUGUGAACUCUCUCGAGAGACUGAGAGUUUCCAGCCCUGUGAUUGGCUUAUCAACAGCCAAUCAGGAGCGUCGUAAGGGACUGGCCUAGACAUUAGAUGCACGGGUGAUGUGAAUCUACUCUAGUAACUCUCAGCUCUCUGUUACGUAAGUUACAAUUGCUUGUCUAAGUUCCUGUAUAAAAAUGAUGUCGAAUAAUCAAACACUUUACUGAAGUAUCCACAUAACUGCGCGCUUAGAUCUUCACAUCGAUGGAAAAUAGCGACCUCCCUGAUUUAAAUAGCGCUAUCCAAGUCCUCAUUACUGCUUCACUAGUCAUUUAAUUCCCAUUUACUUUGUAUAUUUAGUCGCAUGACAAUAUUACAUAUUAAUCAGCUGGGGGAAAGGAUAGACCACUGCAAAAUGAGGUCUGCAAUGAAUACCAUAAUAUCUGUAAAGUCUCCGGGAAUUAAUAAUGAAUAAUUUUGUAUUUGAGUCCCAUUUUGUCAUAUGUGAGAUUUUAUUAGAUAUCUUUUGAAGUUACUAACAUUGAGUCUUGUGAGCACAUCAAUACAAUGUGAUGUAUUUAUGAAAAGUAUAUAUAUUAUAAUCUUGUGUAUUUUGGGUAGUGUCAAUACAUCAAUACAAGGUGAUGUAUUUACGAAAAAUAUGUAUUUUUGAAUUUGUUUAUUUUGGGUCGUGUAAAUACAUCGAUACAACGUGAUGUAUCUAUAUACUUGAAUUGUAAAAUGGUUUGAAUUAAGAGUCAUGUACAUAGAGAAUGCCCAUAGGUCAUGUAUUGAUCGAUUUGUAAAUAAAAGUCCAAGAAAAUGU